AUGCGCUGGCCUGGUCGCGAGGUGGUUGAACUUGAAACCCACAUGGGGUUUAGAGGUGGUUUGCAAAGAAACAAAAUGACUGGUGUUACUGCACCGUACUAUGCUACAUCAUUUACUGAGGUUAUAUUCCAUGUAUCUACCCGUAUGCCAUCUAAUAAUCCAGAAGCACUGCUACAAAAGACUCGUCACUUGGGAAAUGAUGAGGUGCAUAUUGUUUGGUCGGAACAUACAAGAGAGUAUAGAAGAGGCAUUAUUCCUACUGAAUUUUGUGAUGUUUUGAUUGUUAUUUACCCAUUGCCCCAUAAUUUGUAUAGAAUACAAGUAUCAAGGAAGCCUGAUGUUCCAUAUUUUGGACCUUUGUAUAAUGAAGCUUUGGUUGGCCAUAUGGAAUUACCUGGGUUGGUAAGAGCUACAGCUUUAAGUGCUUCAAGAGCCAAGCGAAGUAUGCUACCUUUUUAUCAACAAUAUUAUGAAGAACGAGGACGAUCAUUGGAAGCAGUCAUAAAAAACUAUAGAAAGCAAACAACAUUUGAAGAAUUUGCUGCAAAUAUUUAUUCCCCACAAGAAAAUAAUUCUUUAAAUAUUUGCCAUGGUAACAGCUUGCAAAAUACUGAAGAAUGCUCAUCUUCUCUUGGAUCAAACAGUAGUUCUACUCUAGCUGCUCUGCUCGAUACUACUACUUAUCGAAUCAGUCAACAUUCUCAUAUGACAGAUGACAGUGGAACUUCAUAUACUGGUGUAGAAAGUGAAAUAUCUUCAUGUUCCGGAGUUUCUCCCAGGCCAUUAAAAAAGAUUGGUAUGAAAUCAGGUUCAAAAAAGACACCUCUAUUGACUCCACCAGACAGUCCUACAUCUAGACGCUCCAAAUAGUAGUUAAAAAUAGUUUGUUUACACCGUCUGAAACUAUUUAAUGAGUUUAGAUUAAUAGAUUUAAGUCAUAUGUUGCCUUAUAUAAUAUUUUGGACUAAAAUAUGUUAAUAGUUCCUCACUCAUUAAUACUUAAAUAAUUUGAAUGCUGUUAUUAUGAAUGAUUUUUUUUAAUCAUUGUUUUCUUUAGUUUUUAAUGUAUAAAUGAUGUGUGUGUGUUUCUAUGUGUUCACGGAGGUUUGUGUUUGAUAAAAUAAGGUUAAGAUAAAAGGAAAUUUCUUUGAUAGAAUUAAAAGUCGACAUAAUUAGUUUAUGUAUUCAUGACAUUUGUUGACUUUCAUACUUUGUUGGUUUCUAAUUUUGGUGCUGUUAGUCAUUGAAUUUUUAUAGUUUUUUUUAAUUGUAUGAUAAAAAGCUCUGGUGAACUUGAAGGUUUUACUCUGAUAUCAUGAAUAAUUGUUGACUAAAUAAUCUCCAUAAUAAUAAACUACCUUAAUAUUAAUAGCUGACUUAAUCUCCUUCGACUGAAUCCUGUCAAAUGCCUAAUUUAAUUAAUCUAUGCUUUUAAUUCAAUUGUUUGAUGUUAAUAGAUAAUUAAUUAUAAUUAUUUAAAAUUAAAAAAAAAACAAUCAUCAAUAAAUACAGUUUAUUCCCAAUAAGAAUAAACAAGUAUGGUAUGUAAUAUCUACAUGUACAAAUAAUGAUAAAAGCUGUAAUUUUAUAAAUUAGGAAUAGAUUUUAUGAAACAAUGUAAUAAAUAUAUUGAAAAAUGAAUUGCAUAAGACUAUCGUAAUCCACAACUUAUUAACCUAUUGGGACUCAAUAAUAUAAUAGUAAGAAGUCAAUGACGUCAUAUAAACAAUACAUGUCAUGAAAUAAGUGAUGGGUAAUGUUUAUAUAGUUUACAAUAAAUCCAUAAAGAAUCAUAGUUUACCUUUUUAAAAAUAUUAGAAAAUAAUAAUAAUAAGCGUUAAAUAAUAAUAAAAUUUGAGUUAAAUAAAUAAAAAUAAGUUCAAAGUACUGGAAAAUAAAUUCUCGAAUAAUAGAAUAGUAGUCGAAAGUCAAGUAAAUUUAUUAAUGAUUAGCUCAUGAAGUUGGAAAUUUAAGUAAAGUAAAUUGUGGAAUACUCUAUAUUAAAAUAAGAAAUAAUAUGAUUGGUAUUAUGAUGUUUAUUAACUGUUUACAAAUAAACCAUAAGCGAAUAAUAUAUAUAUAUUUUUUUUAUUUAAUUAAAAAUACCAGCACCGUAGAGGAUUCUUUGUUUUAUUCCAUUUUUAAGUAUAAUAAAAAUACUAUAGUAUAUUAAAAAUAAUAAUAGUAAUUAUUUGAAAAAAGUAAACACAAAUCUUGAAUUAUUUAGUCGACUUUUAUUUUUAUAUUUAGCUAUUUAUGUUAUCGGAUGUCCUAGAUCAAUGAUUUUGAAAUUUUAUUUAAAUUUUUUAUACAUGUGAUGUUUUGAUCUUUUAUAUACUAAAAGUAUGGGAUCUUCUUCAGUAUUUUUAGGUAAGCAUUGAUGCUUUAUCAACCAGUGAGCACACUUAUAUUAACUACUGAUUCAAUGUACUCUGUUAAAUGUAUUAAUAUACCUAAGUAUAUUUAUACAUGUGUAUACAUACAAGGUCUGUUCUAACAGACCUUGUUAGGAAUUUUUUCAUUAUCGUUAAAACUACUAUAAACCGGGGUUACUUUGGGACUAGAGGAUGACUAUGUAGUAGAGUUAUUUUUGAAUUCGAAAUCACCUGGUGAAGUGGAACACUUUUAAAUCAAAACUAAAGGGAAGUUGUCAGAAUAAGAAUAUGUUUUAGCCCGCCAAGUAAUUUCAUAUUCAAAUUUAAUUCUAGUACAUAAUCACUCCCUAGUCUUCAAGUAACCCUGGUUUACAGUAUGUAAAAUAAAUUAUUUAUUUUAAGGGUCAUUUAUUAUUAUUGUUUGGACUAUCAAAACAAUGAAGUAUAGAUAAACUCAAAUUCAGAUAUCUUUUAAGUAUUUGUUUUUAGUAUUUCUAAAUAACUAAUUAUGGUUAUUUAAUUAAUGCUUUGCAUGUAUAUAUCUUAUUGUAUUAUUAUGAAGUUCACAUGUAUAUAUUUAUUUAUCAAUUAAUAUUAAAUUAUAAAAACUGAACUGCAUUUUUUAAAUAUUUAAUUUCAGUGGCCUAUAAUUACUAAGGCACUUCUUGUGCAUGUUUAUAGUUUUGUGGCACAAUUUUGCUGUAUGUAGUAUAUUUACUUAAUUUAUUGUGAUUGUUAUUAAAUAUUUAUGUAAUUUCAAGUCUGUGAUUAGUUUAUAUUGCAAGAAAGUGUUUGAGAUUGUUAUUUAUAUUUACAUAUAAAAUUUUGUACUUAAACUAGUUUUGUAUAUAGUAAUAUUUUUAUUGUAAUGACAUUAAUUUGGAUUGUAAAGCCGUCCAUUGACUAUGGUCAUUUAAAUAAGAAACUGAUAAUAAAAAAAUAUUUUCAACAUACUUAUUUUUUUAAACUUUUCCAUUUGGAAGUUUUGUUUUCCUAAAUUGUGUGAAUAUU